CUCAUUCAAUUUUCAUCCGUUGGACGUGCUGGUCGGUUGGACGGUCGUGUGCCGGUUGUUGUUUUUGUUGUUGCUUUUAUUGUUGUUGUUACUGUUCGGCGUGGGUGUGUAUACGAAUAUAUUUUCUAUUUAAUUAAGUUGAAUUUUCAACGGCAAACCAUAUAAAGUUUAGCAAAAAAAAAUUGAAAUUUAAAGAGAGUAAAUUUUGUUUAAAUAUUUUUUUUGUUCUGUCGAUUGGUGCCAAGAAGAGGAAAACGAAGCUACAGCUAAAAUAAAAAACAUGUCUAAUACGGAUACGAGUUUUAUACCCGAUCUGCCAUUGGGUGGCCCCUUGGCACAUUAUCGCAAACGUGCAAAUUUCGACUGGAAGAGACUGCGUCUGAUCUUUGAGAAGGAGCAAGGAUUACGUAUUAAGUACAAAGUCUGGCGUCGUUUGGAAAAUGAUCCUCUAUUUGCCCAUCCCUCGCGCACUUUGCCCAUGGAUGAACAGAAGCGUCUGUGUGCCAUGCAGGUGAAUCGCAUGAAACAUUUGGAUCUAGUACCCAAGGAAAUCGAGAGCUUAAGCUUCUCGGCGAAAACCCAGUACUUGAUGUACAUCAAUGAGGCUUUGGCCUGCUAUUCGCCCAGCUUGUCGGUGAAAAUUGCCCUAGGAGUAGGUCUCUUUAAUAAUGCCAUUAGAGCCAUGGGCACUGAGAAGCAUCAAAAGUACAUUGAGGCCGCAUGGAAUCGCGAAGUGAUCACAUGUCUGGCGAUCACGGAACUUUCCCAUGGCAGUAAUACGAAACGUAUACGCACCACGGCCACUUAUGAUCCCAGCACUCAGGAAUUUAUUAUCAACACACCGGAUUUUGAGGCUGCCAAGUGUUGGGUAGGCAAUUUAGGGAAAAUGGCCACCGUGGCCAUGACUUUUGCUAAUCUCUAUACGGCUGAUGGGGAAAAUCAUGGUCUUCAUGGUUUCCUUAUACCCAUACGAGAUCCCAAGACGCUGCUGUCGUAUCCCGGUGUCCUGGUGGGAGAUAUUGGAGAGAAAUGUGGUUUGAAUGGCAUAGAUAAUGGUUUUGUGGUAUUCUCCAAUUAUCGCAUACCUCGCGACAAUCUUCUCAAUCGCACAAGUGACGUCACACCCGAGGGUGUCUAUGAAAGUGUCUUUGACGAGCCUGGCAAAGUUUUGGGUGCCGCCUUGGAGAGUUUUUCAGCAGGACGCAUUGGCAUUAUGCAGGAAUCGGCGAAUACUUUGUGUAGUGCUGCAGUUAUAGCCGUACGAUACGCAGCAGUGCGUAAGCAAUUUGGCCCCGAACGUCAGGGCGAGGAGUCUGCUAUCUUGGAAUACCAAUUGCAUCAAUAUAGAAUAUUCCCCUUUUUGGCGGCUGCUUGUGUUCAGAAAAUCGCAGUCCAAGAGUUGACUCAAACCUAUUUGGAAAUUAUUGCACGUUCUCAAGCGGAUUCCAAUGGUUUUGAUGUUCUGACCCAGAAUGCUGCUGAAAUCCAUGCAUUGAUAUCGGCGUCCAAGCCAAGGAUUACCUGGUCAGCCCGUGAUGCCAUACAAGAGGCACGCGAAGCUUGUGGCGGUCAUGGAUAUUUGAGGGCUGCCAAAUUGGGUCAAAUGCGUACAGAUCACGAUCCCCUGUGCACAUAUGAAGGUGAUAAUAAUGUGCUCGGACAACAGGCAUCGAAUUGGUUGUUGCGUCAAUGGAGUGCCAAGGAGUUGGAGUCACCCAUUGGCAGUGUUAAAUUCCUGGAGAGACGUCAGCAUUUACUGUCGCUGAAAUAUGAUCAACUGGUGCAGCAGACUCCCAUAAAGACAUGGCAAUUUGCCAUCACUUGUUAUGAGUGGCUUCUGUGUCAUCUGAUGUCUCACACUACCGCCCACAUUGAGGGCCAAUUGGCGGCUGGAGCUAACAAGUUUGAUGCACGCAAUAAUUCCCAAGUUGCUGGAGCCAAGGAACUCUCAUUGGCCUAUGCUGAGUAUUUUGCCUUGAGCCGCUACGCCGAGCAUGUGCGUCAAUUGAAAGUGGAGGCUCCAUAUGCCAGAGUUCUGCGACUCGUUUACGAUGUGUAUGCCAUGUGGCUGCUGGAACAGCAUAUGACAACCUUUUAUGUGGGUGGAUUUGCUGUCGGUCAGAGCUUUGCCGGUUCUGUGAGGGAAUUGCUUCUGGCUAGCUGUUUGCAAAUGAAAGAAUUUGCCGUAAGCAUUGCCGACGCAAUUGCUCCCCCAGACUUUGCUCUCAAUUCGGUGAUUGCUCGUUCUGAUGGCCGUCUGUACGAGAAUUUGCAAAACGAAUUUAUGACCAAUGAGGGUGCCUUUCAGCGUCCCUCUUGGUGGCGUGAUGUCAUCAUUCCACAGCCUGCUGAAAAGUCAAAGCUUUAGAUCCUUCUGCAAGAGAAUGAUAAAUGAAAAUAAGUGCCUGGUGGUCCAUACCCAUUUAAUCAUAUAUUGUUAUUGCCUCAUUUGAAAUCAGGUAUUAUCACCUCAUUGAAUAAUAUAUCCCUAGGUGAGCAUUAUUUUUCUACCAUGAUCAUACCAUAUGCAUACUAUAUCGUAUAUUGAGUAUUUUAAGAUCCAAUCUGUUACUAGUUUACGAUUCUACAUGAUAACUGAAUAAAUUUUUUAGAUAAA